UUUCUUUUUUAGGAUGCGUAACAUUCUGGCCCUUCUCUGGGUUUUUCUUAUAGCAGCUCAUCAGAGCACUAGUCUUCUCACAAAGGGAGAAUCCAUCAAAAACACCAUACACAACAUUGUAAACAUUGCUCAGAUAACCCUUGUCCACAUUAAGAAACUAAAGUUGCCGGCUUCACCGAUAGAGGUUCCCACUCCUUCCAUUGAAGGACUAAGUAGUAUAAGCCAUGAUCUUGGAGUUUUGGAUAAUGAACUGCAGCACCCUUUCCUCAUCCAGAUUCAGGCUGAUGUCUCCAGCAUGGAAGGAAGGGUGCGCUCCCUCGCCUUAUCAAUGGAGUGUCCCCUUGAGCCCAAACCAGCAGUACAGACGGAUGACAAUGUGUUCCCAGACAGCCGCCUUUACAUGACAGUGACAAAGGUGCAGCACUACCUAGAGAACCUUCUUCUCAACAAGGGCAAACUCAAGCUCUGCUAACAAAUUUAAGCUUGAUGUAUAUAUAGUAA